AUGUUGAGGGUGUUCAAGGCAACCACGUCGCGCCUAUCACUCCUUUUGUCAUUCCUUCUCUUGACCACCUUCUUACCGGACGAGCCCUUCCGACUGGCACAUGCAACGCAGACACUCCAUGUGAGAAUGCGGCUUGCUGUGGUACCAAUGGGCUUUGCGGCUACUCUCCAACAGAGUGCGGCAAGGGCAACUGCACGUCGAACUGUGAUGCCAAAGCUCAAUGUGGCCAUGUCUGCUGUUCUGAGUUCGGGCUGCCAAAAAGAUUUUGGCGGUUGCGGCAAUGUGACAAGACCAUCCUGUUCAGGCAAUUCUGUCUCCAAGCGCACAAUUGGUUACUACGAAGGAUGGUCAAACACCCGCACUUGCCAAGCAGUGUCGCCGGAGGAUCUCAACCUGAACGGAUUUUCUCACAUCAACUUUGCUUUUGCAUUCUUCGACCCGCAGACUUUCCAGAUUGCUCCCAUGGACACCGAGACUGGGAAACUUUACAGCCGCUUCACAGCACUCAAGAAGAACAACGCCGGGCUAGAAGCCUGGAUCUCCGUUGGCGGCUGGUCUUUCACUGAUCCAGGAGCUACUAGGACAGCCUUCAGCGACAUGACGAGCACGUCUGGAAACAGGCAAAAGUUCAUUUCUGGUCUGAUUGACUUCAUGGAGCACUAUGGCUUCGACGGCGUUGAUCUUGAUUGGGAGUACCCUCAAGCCGACGACAGAGGCGGCGUCACAGCAGACAAGAAGAACUAUGCUCUGCUUACCAAGGAGCUCAGGGCUGCUUUUGGCUCCCGCUACGGAAUUUCAAUGACGCUGCCGACGUCAUAUUGGUAUCUUCAGCAUUUUGAUCUUGCAUCGAUUGCGGCAGAUAUCGAUUGGUUCAACUUCAUGGCCUACGACUUGCACGGAACUUGGGACGCUGCGUCCAAGUUUGUCGGGCCUUACCUUGCACCCCAUACCAAUGUUACUGAGAUCGAUAUGGGUCUCGAUCUCUUGUGGAGAGCUGGCGUUAAGCCUGCCAAGGUCAUUCUGGGCCUUGGGUGGUACGGACGCAGCUUCACACUCUCUGACCCCUCUUGCAACAAACCUAAUGGCGUUUGCCAAUUUUCAGGCGGUGCCUUGGCAGGGCAGUGUUCUAACGCAUCGGGCAUCUUGACUCUGCAAGAGAUCAACUCGGUCAUUGACUACAACGGCGUCAAGCCCGUGUGGGACAAGGACGCCAUGGUGAAGUGGAUUACCUGGGAUGACAACCAGUGGGUCUCGUACGACGACGACGACACCUUUGAGCAGAAGCGCAAGUUUGCCAACUCCCACUGCUUGGGAGGCACGAUGGUCUGGGCCAUGGAUCAAAGAGACCAGGGAGAGGACAACGGCCUGGCUCCCGCAUCCGGAGUCACGACUGGUCAGCAAGAGGAUGCCCAAGAAAUGGCUCAAGGACUUGCAGCCGGAGUCUCAUGCUACACGACAGAUUGCGGAGCGAGCUGCAAGAAGGGCACUAAUCCAGUCACUCAGAUGAAUGGACAGCCUGGUAUGCUCUCAACCAGUGAUCGCUGCGAUAAGAACAAGUAUCGCACCCUCUGCUGCGAUGAUGGCACAACGAUGGGCACUUGCAAGUGGCGUGGCUACCGCGGUCUAGGUCUAUCGUGCAUGAGUGGCUGCGAUGACGAGGAGACUGAGGUCCUACAGGAUACGAAUAACCACAGCAAGAACGGCGACCAGACAUGCACUGGGGGUAUCCAAAGUUACUGCUGUAAGGGCUUCGAAUCAGCUCCGACGAAAGAAGAGCUAGAGGAGGAGGCUAAAGAAAAGGCCGAGGAGCUGGCCGAGGAGGCGGCUGAACAAGCAGCUCUCGACAUUGCAGCCAAGGCUUUCUGUCGACUCGCCAUUCCUGCUCUCUUGGCACCCCUGGAGUUGAUCGAAGCCGCCAUCCCGAUUAUUGGCGAAAUCCUGGAUAUCGCUGAGAUUGCUGCGACGCCAGCCCUGAUUCAACUUUGCACUGAUGGCAUCGAGAAAGAGGGCAAAGCUGUGUUCAAGGUUUUCGGCAAGGAACACUCCGUUUCGUUCGACAAGCCGUCCAAGACAGUGUCACGGCCGCCAAAGUCUAGCCAUUCAUCGGCAAAAACCUCUUCAUGUCCUUCCAACGUCAAGCGAGCAGAUGACGGGAGACCUUGCAAAAGACAAAAGCGCUACAUGACUUCGCAUCGAACUAGUGAAAUCGUAGUAUCGACCAGCAGGCUUCCAGGCAACGGCUACAAGAUUCCUUGCGCCGGUGGUAACGGUGUCUAUCCGGAGGCUUGUAAGAACUACAAGUCCAUCGUGGAUAACUACCCCAAGUACAAGACCAUCACUUGCCCUUACCGCAAGGUCGACGAUAAGAAACGCCCCAUCACGGGAACCUUUAAUCGACAGCGGUCGACGGCACUCUGGGAUCCCGUCAUCAAUGCGCCUAACGGAUGCUCUCCAGACGAAUACCCGCCAGCGGUCAUGGCACCUGUGAACGAUGGGUACAGCUUACUCACUUCUAUGAUCAAGGAUGGUGACACGGAGGUACGGAGAUUCCUUAGUGCGAAGCCACCUUCGGUAGAUGGUCAGAUGGUUCGUUAUCUCGACCUCGUCGACAACCGGGAAGCCGGAAAGAUCUUUGACAAAUGCCGACAACCACCUGUGGCCACUGAUUUAGACACUACCGUCACCGUCAUCAACCCAGAUGCCCGAGUCCCCAUCGAGUGGCAUCUGACCAAGGUGGCACUCUCACGUCUCGUCUGGGAACUCGACUUUGACGGCCUCCCUGAUGACUCUGACGAUUACGGUAUCGCGGACAAUAUCUGUGUACCGACGAUCAACGGAGUAAAGCACCCCGGCUACGCUCUCCUCAAUGAGGAUGUCUACUUUGAUAGUCACCAGGAGGAAGCAGACCUGAGAGACACGUGGCCCAAUGGUCCUGCGCAGAAGCGUUGGGUCGAGCCAGCAGGCUUGGUGGUGGAGGGUGUCAACUCCACACGGGUGGCAACGCCAGAGGAGCUGCGCGAUCACCUCGGCUUCGAUGAGUGCACGAAUAGCAAUUGCUCGCGAGAGAUUGAGAAGCUGAAAGAUGUGGCCAGAAGGUUCAGAGACACGGCCGAGAUGGUGGCCAACUCGCCUGCUGAAGCGCCGGCCCCUGAGCCAACACCGGUCCAUGAACACAGCGUCGUUCAAGCCCUUCCUCCGAGUCAACCUGGACGGUCGUUCGACUCUGAUAUUCCUAUGUAUACUGGUAUUUGA